AUGAUAAAAAAAAUCGCUUUACUGUUACUUUUUACAGUAAUAUACUAUGUUGCUGGAGAAGAUGAAAGUCAACCUGUUGAUAAAUUUUUUAAAGAUUGUACACCAGAUGGAUGUUGUGAUACAAAUUUUCUUUGUAGUGUAUGGAGUUCUUUAGGAGAAUGUUCAAAAAGCCCAAAAUUUAUGUUAACAAAUUGUCAAAAAUCAUGUUUAGUUUGUCGUAAACGUGAAACUAGAAAUAAAUAUUCAAUAGAAAAUGAUGAUAUACUUUAUAAAUCUGGAUGUUCAUCAAUUAAAACGUCACAAUUUUCAACUGAAUCAGAAUUGUCUGAUAACCUUUUUAAUGCUUUUUUAUCACAAAGACAAUGUGGUGUUGAAACAAAUAUUAAAGAUUGUUCCACUUCAAUGUGUUAUCAUAAAUUUUUUAGAACACCUGAUGGUUCAUGUAAUAAUUUAAAAAAUCCAACUUGGGGAGCUGGAAAAACAAGAUAUUUAAGAUUAUUACCAUCAUUAUAUGAAGAUAAUAUUUCAAUUCCACCUGGUACAAGAAAUAUUUUUCGUCCAUCUCCAAGAUCUGUUACACGUUUUCUUCUUAAUCAUGAUAAAAAUAUCUUUAGUAAUUUUAAUCAACUUGCAAUGCAAUGGGGACAAUUUAUUAGUCAUGAUAUUUUGUUUAAUGGAAGAUCAGAUUUUUGUUCGUGUCAAACAUUUUCAAAUAAAAAUUGUAUGAAUGUUAAUGUAGCAAAAGAUGAUAUUUCAAAAUUAAAAAAGAAAAUACUUUGUAUUCCAAUAACACGUUCCAUACCAGCAUGUAGAAAUAGUAGUGAUAUGUCACCAAGAGAACAAAUGAAUUUAAAUUCAGGAUUUUUGGAUGGUUCUACAAUUUAUGGUUCUACAACUGUUACUAUGAAUCAAUUACGUAAUGGAUAUCUUUUAAAAUCUGAAAUAAAUUUAUCAGGAAAAGAAUUUGCUCCUGAAUCUUUGACUAAAUUAGGUGAAUCAAUGAAAAAUGGUGAUGAAAGAGGUACAAUAUUUGUAGGAAUUGCAUCAUUACAUACCAUUUUCCUUCGUUAUCAUAAUAUGAUUGCUAAAGAAUUAAAAGUUGUUAAUCCACAUUGGACAGAUGAUAGAAUAUUCCAUGAGACACGUAAAAUUGUUGGUGGUAUAUUACAAUCUAUAACUUAUAAUGAAUUUUUACCAGCUUUAAUUGGUGAAAGAAAUUUAGAAACAUUAAUGCCCAAAUAUGAUGAAUAUAAUAGUGAAGUACCACCAGGAAUAUCAAAUGAAUUUUCUGCUGCUGCAUAUAGAUUACAUGGUAUGAUUGUGAAUAAUUAUCCAUUUAUUAAUGAUAAUUAUAAUGUAAUUGGAAACAUUAAAUUUGUUCAAGGUACAAAUACAUUUGUUCAUAUGUUACAAAAAGGUGUUUCUCAAUUAUUAAGAGGAAUGAUUGCAACACCACUUAGAAAACCACAACGGUUAAAUUCACAAGUAACAGAAGAAUUAUUCGAUGGACUCGGUGAUCUUUCUACAAUUAAUAUCCAAAGAGGAAGAGAUCAUGGAUUAAGAAGUUAUAAUGAUUAUAGAAAAUACUGUGGAUUAGAAGUAGUUGAUGAUUUUCUUGAUUGGAAAGAUGUUAGUGAUAUGAAUGUUAAACUUCGUGUUAAAGAAUUAUUCAUAAAACCUGACAAUAUUGACUUGUAUGUUGGUGGACUUUUAGAGGAACCAAUACCAGGAGGUGUUGUUGGACCAACUUUUGCUUGUAUCAUAAUUGAUCAAUUUCAACGUCUCAGAGAUGGUGACAGAUUCUUCUAUCAAAACAAUGAUAUUUUUACAAAAGAUCAAAUGAAUGAAAUUGAUAGAACUUCUAUCGCAUCAGUUAUUUGUGAAACUGAACCUGAAAUAAAAAAAGUACCAUUUAAUGCAUUUAAUGCAGAUAAAGGUGAAGAUGCCGUAUCAUGUUCAAUGAUACCUACUUUAAAUUUAAACCACUGGAAAAGUAACAAUUAA